ACGGGGAGGUGAAUAACUCGGGGAAUCGCUGAUCCCCGUCUCAGAGCUCCAUCGGUUCGCCGAGUCCCCCGCGUUCGGAGGCUUUUUGACCGGGAGAGAGGAUGCACGUGCGGGCGAUAUUGCUGUUGGCUUGCGUCGCCGCGGCGCUCGCGGCUGAAGAGAGCUGUGUUGGCCGGUGUAACUCUGGUUUUGACUCGAAGACGAAAUGUCAGUGCGACUCCAUGUGCGGCUACUACAGGAGCUGCUGUGUGGACUACGAGACUACCUGCAGCAACAAGGUAACCCGGGGCGACACGUUUCACGACCCCGAACAGGACUACGACACCGACGUACAGAACGUCAGCGCCACAGCUGGCCCCAGGGCCUCCACUUCCUGGCCCAGAUUCACCACAGCUGGCCCCAGGGCCUCCACUUCCUGGCCCAGGUUCACCACAGUGGGCCCCAGGGCCUCCACUUCCUGGCCCAGGUUCACCACAGUGGGCCCCAGGGCCUCCACUUCCUGGCCCAGAUUCACCACAGCGGGCCCCAGAAUCCCCGGUUUCUGGCCCAGAUUCAGCACAGCGGGCCCCAGGAACACCCCCGCCGUGGCCCCCACCAGCCGGUGGCCCCCCAGACCCUCAGAUCGUGACGCAGACGCCUGCAGUGGAAGAGCUUUCGACUCCUUCAUGCAGCUGAAGAACGGCUCCAUCUACGCCUUCAGAGGCGAGUACUUCUUUGAGUUGGACGAGAAGUCCGUGUUGCCGGGAUACCCCAAACUCAUCAAGGACGUGUGGGGCAUCUCUGGGCCAAUCGACGCGGCUUUCACCCGCAUCAACUGCCAGGGAAAGACCUACAUCUUCAAGGGAAAUAAGUACUGGCGGUUUGAGGACGGCGUGCUGGACGAGGACUUCCCUCGCGACAUCUCCAUGGGCUUCCAGAACAUUCCGAAGGACGUGGACGCUGCCUUCGCCAUCCCUGCCAGCAGCCACCGCGGCAAAGAGAAGGUGUACUUCUUCAAAGGUGAUCAGUACUAUCAGUACGAGUUCAAGAAUCAGCCGACCCAUGCAGAGUGUGCGCAGAUGUCCAAAGACUCCCCCUCCGUCCUCUUCCACCAGUACACUGACCUGUACUGCGACCAAUGGACCGACGUCUUCGACCUGCUCUUCCAAGGAAUUGGGGUGGACCAGAGCGGCCCACGCUCGAUCCGGCAGGACUGGGGGGGGAUCCGGCCCCCCGUGGACGCCGUGAUGGCCGGCCGCCUGUACCUCACCCCCGUGGCCUCCAGUCCCCACCCCGCCCCCGCCCCCUCCCCCACCUUGUGGUACGUCCCCGGCCGCUCCUACAAGAGGCCCAGCGGGCUGCGUGACCGGCGCCGCGGCCGAAGGCGUGGCCGGGGGCGUGGCCGGGGGCGGAAGCAGAAGCGGUUCGCCUCGUGGGACCUGUUUGACAUCUUCUAUGGCGACUACGACGACUCGCUGGAGGUCGCCGCGGUGACGGAGGAGCCCAAGGCCAGCCACCCCGUGCAGAACGUCUACUUCUUCACCAAAGAUAAGUAUUACAGGGUGGAUUUAAAGACCAAAAAUGUGGACUACGCGUACCCCCCUUACCCACGAUCCAUUGGGAAGUACUGGCUGGGCUGCAAAGACGACGUUUCCUGGGCGGAGAAGUGAAGGGGGGUGGGGGUGGGGGGGGGGGCAUUGUCAUGACGACCGCGCGUCGCGGACGUAGCGGACGUAGCGGAGGCUGUUAGCCGCGAGCUGAGCCUUUUAAGUUGGAAAGGAGCCGGAGCGAGGCCUACUAUGCACAGUGCGUUAAAAGUCCAGUUAAGUCAAUAAUGAACUCGACAAUUUCCUUGAUUGUGGCGUGGGGAUACUGUAUUUGCAAAAAAAUAACAAAAUAACAUUGGCUUGUGUUGCAUUACAAAGGAAAACAUGAAUUUUCAACUUUUGUUGAAAAAUUGCCUCUCAAUUAAAACCAAACCACGUU